AUGGCAAAGAAAAAGGGAAAGGGAAAGUGGAGAAAAGCCCUGAAGUGGAGCGACAAGACCUUACAGAAUGCACAACAAACCGAUAUCGUCAUCCCAAUCAUGGGAGCCACAGGUGCUGGGAAGAGUACAUUCAUCAACCUUUUCUUUGACAAGACAGUGGCGAAAACCUCUGAUUCGCUGAACUCUUGCACGGCCGAUGUCAAGGAUUAUCCUGGACCAUGGAGGAAAGACCUCAGCAGGCGGAUAGUGCUCGUUGAUACCCCAGGUUUCAACGAUAGUCACGAGGACGAGGCCGAGAUCUUGCGGCGGGUAUCAGUUUGGCUAGCGAAGGCCUACGACGACGGAAUGAGGGUAGCCGGAGUCAUUUAUCUCAGCGAUAUUGCUCAGAAGCGCGUCUACGGCUCAACGCGUUUGAACCUGACCAUGCUUCAGAAGCUCUGCGGGGAUGAUUUCUACCCAAGGAUCGUCAUGGCUACAUCCCACUGGGACGAGGUUCCUUUGCAUGUCGGAGAGCCGCGCGAGGAGCAGCUUCGGGAAAACUUUUGGGCCGAGAUUAUUGGAAAGGGUGGAAAGACUUGGAGGAUCAUAACGAGGGAUGACGCCCUUGCGGCGAUUGAUUCUAUCGCAGAAGAGCAUCGUAGGAGGGGCCUUCAGACUGACUCGGGAACCUCAACGAGCAGCUCGGGGACCACUGUUAACGAAGAUGCCAUCGCGCUGUUGCUGCAAAGGGAGCUGGUAGAACUGGACAAGAUCAUCCCAGCGACGGGGGCAGGAAAGGAGUUGAAAGGCAAUAUCCGUAACCUUUUGGAGGUAUUGAAGCAUGAAGUAGCGGAGGAGCAGGACCCGGAGAAGAAGGCAGAGCUGCAGAGAAAGCUGCAGUUCCUCAGGUCCCAGGUGAAACAGUUGAAUAUUCCCCUUGGAGAACGGCUGCGAAUAAUAUUCGGUUUCUAUCAAGUAUGA